AUGGAGGGAGAGCCAGGUAGAGGGAGGGAGGGAGAGCCAGGUAGAGGGAGGGAGGGAGGGAGAGCCAGGUAGAGGGAGGGAGGGAGAGCCAGGUAGAGGGAGGGAGGGAGAGCCAGGUAGAGGGAGGGAGAGCCAGGUAGAGGGAGGGAGAGCCAGGUAGAGGGAGGGAGGGAGAGCCAGGUAAAGGGAGGGAGAGCCAGGUAAAGAGAGAGAGAGCCAGGUAAAGGGAGGGAGAGCCAGGUGGAGCUAAAGGGAGGGAGGGAGAAUCUGACCACCUGCCCUGGCUGCCAGAGAUCAUCAUGCUCAUUAAAGGGGAAUCAAUCAUCAGCUUCAUCCCACAGCCAGAGCCACAACAGCCGAGUCAAUAGGUAAAGUGUCCUCUCCAAGAAACUAGAGUGGGUGUUGGGAGAGACUUGAUGCUGUGAGCUGUGCGGUUGGUUAAUUGACUGCUUUAGUGAUUGUUUGUCUGGUUUUUCAAGACAGGUCGUCCUCGAUGACUGAACAUGAAUUCUUAUUGCAUUUACGUUGUUAUUGUAGUCUCGUUCACUAGCCAUAUGUCUUGACUGUCACAGCAAGCCUACAUACACUGAGAACACCUUCCUAAUAUUCAGUUGCACUGGUUGGACGUACUGCCAAAUUGUCUAAAACAACGUUGGAGGCGGCUUAUGGUAGAGAAAUUAACAUUACAUUCUCAGGCAACAGCUCUGCUGGACAUUCCUGCAGUCAGCAUGCCAAUUCCACACUGACAAAACUGCACAUUUUAGAGUGGCCUUUUAUUGUCCCCAGCACAAGGUGCACCUGUGUAAUGAUCAUGCAGUUUAAUCAGCUUAUUGAUAUGCCACACCUGUCAGGUGGAUGGAUUAUCUUGGCAUCACUAACAGGGAUGUAAACAAAUGUGUGCACAACAUUUGAGAGGAAUAAGCUUGUUGUGUGAAUGGAACAUUUCUGAGAUCUUUUAUUUCAACUCAUGAAACAUGGGACCAACACUUUACAUGUUGUGUUUAUAUUUUUUUGUUCAGUGUGGGUAAGACAACCACAUACCACAGUCGUAGCAAGUACAUGUUUCCUCAAUACAGAAGUUAUCAGCAUAACCGUAAUUGUUCUGGAUAAGAGUGUCUUCUAAAUGUAGGAGAGGAAAGGAGUAUACAUCUCUGAUGCAGCAUCUGUGACUUGUCUACCCAGCCAGACCCCUAUACCCCCCCAGCCAGACCCCUAUACCCCCCAGCCAGACCCCUAUACCCCACAGCCAGACCCCUAUACCCCCCAGCCAGACCCCUAUACCCCCCCAGCCAGACCCCUAUACCCCCCAGCCAGACCCCUAUACCCCCCAGCCAGACCCCCUAUACCCCCCAGCCAGACCCCUAUACCCCCCCAGCCAGACCCCCUAUACCCCCCCAGCCAGACCCCUAUACCCCCCAGCCAGACCCCUAUACCCCCCAGCCAGACCCCUAUACCCCCCAGACCCUAAGCCCAGCAGACCCCUAUACCCCCCCAUCCCAGCAGACCCCUAUACCCCCAGCAGACCCCUAUACCCCCAAGCCAGACCCCUAUACCCCCAGCCAGACCCCUAUACCCCCAGCCAGACCCCUAUACCCCCAGCCAGACCCCCUAUACCCCCCAGCCAGACCCCUAUACCCCCCCAGCCAGACAGUGUAGGCUACAGAAAAAGAACAGAGAGUAAUUUACAGUGUCAUCUUCCUGACUAAACACAUUGGUUAGUUUUCAUGCUGCUGUUCUAUAAAUACAUUGCUAAUAGCUGACACAGCGAUAUCUCCUGCUGGAUGAAAAUCAAUGGAGAGGAUGGAAGAGCCUGGUUUCUGGGGAGAGGUGCAGACAGCAUGAGCCACAUUAAUAAUUUAGUCUGUGCCCAAUCAUUUCUCUCUUAACUAUUAGGCUACAUUUACAUUUUAGUCAUUUAGCAGACACUCUUAUCCAGAGCAACUUACAGUUAGUGAGUGCAUACAUUUUUAUUAUAUAUAUUUUAUACUGGCCCCCCGUGGGAAUCUAACCCACAACCCUGGCGUUGCAAACACCAUGCUCUACCAACUGAGCUACAUCCCUGCUGGCCAUUCCCUCCCCUACCCUACCCUGGGCCAAUUGUGCGCCGCCCCAUGGGUCUCCCGGUCGCGGCCGGCUACAACAGAGCCUGGAUUCGAACCAGGAUCUCUAGUGGCACAGCUAGCACUGCAAUGCAGUGCCUUAGACCACUGCGCCACUCGGGAGACAUCUCCAACCACACUUCAACAAGAUUCAUACAAGAUCUCUAUCUGAAGAAUGUAUUUGAUUGUCCUUUUAGAACAAACUGGUGUAGCUUUACGGUAAGCGUUUCCAUGAGGGGUUUAACUGGUACACAGGUCUGGAACUAUUGUCACGGUAAUAAAAGCAUUGCAUUUGGAACCUUAAACCCCUUCAAGCCCUUUAAGCCCUCCAACGACAUGUAUCAAAUGUCUGAGUUUUUUAGAGCCGUUUCCCACCGAGAGCCCAAUACAGGAUACUCAGCCAAUCCUGGGGGAACAGAAGGGAGUGUCUCUGACUAUAAUAUACACUACAUUAUGGUAGUAUCUUAUACACACUACAUUACGGUAGUAUCUUAUAUACACUACAUUACGGUAGUAUCUUAUAUACACUACAUUACGGUAAUAUCUUUUACACACUACAUUACGGUAAUAUCUUUUACACACUACAUUACGGUAAUAUCUUUUACACACUACAUUACGGUAGUAUUUUACAUUUUAGUCAUUUAGCAGACGCUCUUAUCCAGAGCGACUUACAGUUAGUGAGUGCAUACUUUUUCUUCUCAUAUAUACACUACAUUACGGUAAUAUCUUAUAUGCAGUACAUUACGGUAGUAUCUUAUAUGCAGUACAUUAUUGGUGAGAUUAUCAGGCCAUAGACAGUGUUGGUGUGAUUAUCAGGCCAUAGACAGUGUUGGUGUGAUUAUCAGGCCAUAGACAGUGUUGGUGUGAUUAUCAGGCCAUAGACAGUGUUGGUGUGAUUAUCAGGCCAUAGACAGUGUUGGUGUGAUUAUCAGGCCAUAGACAGUGUUGGUGUGAUUAUCAGGCCAUAGACAGUGUUGGUGUGAUUAUCAGGCCAUAGACAGUGUUGGUGUGAUUAUCAGGCCAUAGACAGUGUUGGUGUGAUUAUCAGGCCAUAGACAGUGUUGGUGUGAUUAUCAGGCCAUAGACAGUGUUGGUGUGAUUAUCAGGCCAUAGACAGUGUUGGUGUGAUUAUCAGGCCAUAGACAGUGUUGGUGUGAUUAUCAGGCCAUAGACGUAAAAUGUCUCUAAGGUUGUACAUCUGGUCUGUCUGGAGAACAUACUCCUGGUGUGUGAGGCUGAGACCCCUUGAUGUUACAAACACACACACAAACACACACACACACACACACACACACACACUGAGACACACUGAGACACACUGAGACUGUGAGAGCCCUAGACGUCUGUGUCAGUCUGCACCUUGAUUUUGUCUGCCUGGGGCGUCAAUGACCCCUCUAAGUCCCCCUGUAAUGACAGACCAUUAUAGCAGCACAGACACAGCCCCACUGCCGACAAGCAUCUGUUAGGCUGACACUGUUAAUAAGUCAUUUUACUGUGGUGUUGACAGCAGAUGGAAUCCACUGUGUUCUUAUUAUGUUAUUAGUGUUAUAGCAGAUGGAAUCCACUGUGUUCUUAUUAUGUUAUUAGUGUUAUAGCAGAUGGAAUCCACUGUGUUCUUAUUAUGUUAUUAGUGUUAUAGCAGAUGGAAUCCACUGUGUUCUUAUUAUGUUAUUAGUGUUAUAGCAGAUGGAAUCCACUGUGUUCUAAUUAUGUUAUUAGUGUUAUAGCAGAUGGAAUCCACUGUGUUCUAAUUAUGUUAUUAGUGUUACAGCAGAUGAUAACUGUUUUUAUCGAACGCUUUAACAUGUCCAUAUUAUAUCUGGGUAGCCUACUAUUUCAUGUUUUCUAAUGAUACCAAAUAAACGAUGCACUCUAUGUCCUCCAUGUCACAUGAGGUUGGUGGCACCUUCAUUGGGGAGGAUGGGCUAGUGGAAUGGUAACAAAUAAAACGAACAAAUGCAACAAACACACGCCAUUCCAUUCGCUCUGUUUCCGGGACGUUAUUGUGAGCCGUCCUCCCCUCAGCCGCCUCCACUGUUCCAUGUGGUUUAUUGGAGACAUGUUGACCUCUUAGGUCCUCGUCAAGUCUUCAUGUUUUACUCAGGCUUUCUUUUCCCUUUCUUUCUCCUCUACCUCCUUGCAGGGGGAGACAGGGAACGGAUGACAGCGAAUCAUGAGACCUACCUUCUUAUGGCCAGCACCCAGAAUGACAUGGAGGAUUGGGUGAAGACCAUACGCAGGGUCAUAUGGGCCCCCUUUGGUGGAGGUUAGUACACCCAUGAUGCGUGCAUUUGAGUCCAAGACUAGACUUAAUCUGUGACUGGUUCUAUGUGUUGUUUUUUAGCACAAGAAAUCAUUAUUAUCAGGAGGGCGUGUCUCUGUGAUGAACCCUAUAGUGUCAAUAUUAUCAGUGUGAGGAGGGCGUGUCUCUGAGAUUAACCCUAUAGUGUCAAUAUUAUCAGUGUGAGGAGGGCGUGUCUCUGAGAUUAACCCUAUAGUGUCAAUAUUAUCAGUGUGAGGAGGGCGUGUCUCUGAGAUUAACCCUAUAGUGUCAAUAUUAUCAGUGUGAGGAGGGCGUGUCUCUGAGAUUAACCCUAUAGUGUCAAUAUUAUCAGUGUGAGGAGGGCGUGUCUCUGAGAUUAACCCUAUAGUGUCAAUAUUAUCAGUGUGAGGAGGGCGUGUCUCUGAGAUUAACCCUAUAGUGUCAAUAUUAUCAGUGUGAGGAGGGCGUGUCUACUUGUCAUUCCAUCUAGAGGCUGGAGUUGAAUGUCUUGUCAAAAAUAAAGCAUAUCUCAUUCAACGCUGCAUUUAUGAAGGAAUCAUUUGAUCUCUGAAACACCAACACAGAUUGUGUGCUCUAACACACACACACACACACACACACCAGUGUUCAUUUCGUCAACAGAAAUAGUGACUAAAAUAUUUCGUCAAACACCUAUUUUUUUUUGUGGCAGUUGAUGAGACUACAACUGACAAAAUAGACCCAGAAAAAACUAUAACUAACAAAAAUAAUGUUUCGGUUAACUGAAAUGAGAAAAGACGAAAUGACCUCUGUUCAGUGGACUGGACAAGAGUUUUUGGAGAGAUUGAGAGCUUUUCAGUGACCAGCACAAUUAAUAUUAGCAGCACAGAUGCACCGUGCAGUUCUUGAUUCUAGCCCUUACCGCUCAAAAUAUGUAUUUCUGUCGUGCAUUGGCAGGCCGCAAACAAGGCUGCUUGCGGACCAGAUCAUUAACCAUUAACCACGUUACCUCAUUAGCUAGCUAUAGCUAACAACAUGGGGCACGUUCAGCAGGAUGCAACGUAGGAACUUGGGACUUGAUUGGGACUCAUGGUUUAGUGGCUCGACUACAACCGCUGGCAAAACAGUCAUUAGCUCCCGUUCUGGACACCAAUGUUGCUGAGGUGUCUGUGGAACGUUGAUCACAAUGGCAAUGACGCCACCGAGUGACAGAGGUGCAACCCAUACUACUUUGCCAAUACUUGCGGCAACACAUGGGGAUUGGCAAAAAUCUGUUUGACUUGGUGCCUAUCUAAUCUCGAUAGGAGAGAGAGAGGAAGAGAGGGAGAGAGAGAGAGAGAGAGAGAGAGAGGAGAGGGGAGGAGAGAGAGUAGGCGUAGAGAGGGUAGAGAGAGGAGAGGAGCGAGAUGGAGAGGAGAGAGAGAGAGAGAGAGGGGAAGAAGAGAAGAGGAAGAGAGGAGAGAGAGAGAAGAGAUGAGAGAGAGCGAGAGAGAGAGAGAGAGAGAGAGAGAGAGAAGAUGAGAGAGAGAGCAGAGAGAGAGAGAGAGGAGAGAUAAGCUAUAGCAUGCUUAUGCUGGCAUUGCUUCUCUCUAGCAUCGUCUCUGCUGCUCUGCUAUUCCUAUCUCCUCCUCUUCUCUCUCUCUCUCUCUCCUCUUCUCUCUCAUUCUUGAUCUCUCUGCGUUCUCUGCCUUUUCUCAUCUCUCUCUCUCUCUCGCUCUCUCUCUCUCUCUCUCUCUCUCUCAUUUUGACAAUAUCUAGACUAAAUAAUUAUUCAAAUGAUAUUUUAGUCAAAAUAACUAAGACUCAAUCUAAAAAAGAGUGGCAAAUUUACAACUGCACACAUACACGCACGCACGCACGCACGCACACACACACACACACACACACACACACACACACACACACACACACACACACACACACACACACACACACACACACACACACACACACAGAUAAGGUAGGAAAACAUGUACACACACUCACACACAACACACACACUCACACACAACACAGCACCCUCAGCACACAGCCUCAUAUAUAGGAGGGCUUCCUUUGACAUAUUGCUGCAGUUGGGGAUGCACACACAGACACACACACACACACACACACACAGAGAGAGAGAGAGAGAGAGACUGAGACUGAGACUGAGGCUAUUGGAGAGAUAAUACCCUAGAGAGAUGUGAUUAAAAUCCAUGGGCCAUGUUCUGUUCGGUCGGCCUGGUACGGUAGAGGCAGGGAGCUCCCUUAACCAAAGGGUUUGGCCCAGAACAGCGUUAGUAUCUUGGGUAGCUGUUCAGUAGCUAUCCACCCCCACAUCGUUCCUGUCAUAUUACAACUGAGCUGCUCGAUGAGGUUACAUUAACCCACGGACCCUCUAGGACGACACCCGACAGAGAAAAGUUCGCUAAGAUAGAGAAGUUAUCUCUUACUCUGGAAAAUGUGCUUUUGGGAGUGUUACCUACUUACUGGUGGUUAAUUUGUGGAGAUGAGAUGGUGAUUAAACUCCAUUUUGUUACACCUAUUCCUCAUCAAUCUUUAUGAUCGGAGACUAAGCUAAUGCAUAUUAGUGCAAUUUAUUAGCACUGGAUGUGGGAUCGGUCUCCUUUUGUGUUCCAACUCAGGUGUAUGUCCUAGGGAACACCCCACUCACCAACCUGUGUAGUCUGAGAAGCCAGCCACGCUCUCCCCAAUGGCGGUCUCAGGAAGAUGGAGUUCCAUCCACUGAGACCAGGUUCCCUGUGGGCUUUUACCUGCCCUGUGUGACAUUACCUGCCCCAAGGUCAAAGGUCAGCAGGUCACCAGGUCAGCCAGGUACAAUAUCACAUCAACCCCAAAAGGUGUAGAGAUUCCAUGAUGGUCAAGGCAGUGCCACCCAACCCCUUCAGCACCUGUGUUGCUCUCUAUAUGCUAUCUUUCUCUAUGCUAUCUUUCUCUAUGGUAUAUCUUUCUCUGCUAUCUUUCUCUAUGCUAUCUUUCUCUAUGCUAUCUUUCUCUAUGGUAUCUUUCUCUAUGGUAUAUCUUUCUCUGCUAUCUUUCUCUAUGCUAUCUUUCUCUAUGCUAUCUUUCUCUAUGCUAUCUUUCUCUAUGCUAUCUUUAUCUUGGUCUAUCUUUCUCUAUGCUAUCUUUCUCUAUGCUAUCUUUCUCUAUGCUAUCUUUCUCUAUGCUAUCUUUCUAUAUGCUAUCUUUCUCUAUUCUAUCUUUCUCUUGGUCUAUCUUUCUCUAUGCUAUCUUUCUCUAUGCUAUCUUUCUCUAUGCUAUCUUUAUCUUGGUCUAUCUUUCUCUAUGCUAUCUUUCUCUAUGCUAUCUUUCUCUAUGCUAUCUUUCUCUAUGCUAUCUUUAUCUUGGUCUAUCUUUCUCUAUGCUAUCUUUCUCUAUGCUAUCUUUAUCUUGGUCUAUCUUUCUCUAUGCUAUCUUUCUCUAUGCUAUCUUUCUCUAUGCUAUCUUUCUCUAUGCUAUCUGUAUCUUGGUCUAUCUUUCUCUAUGCUAUCUUUCUCUAUGCUAUCUUUAUCUUGGUCUAUCUUUCUCUAUGCUAUCUUUCUCUAUGCUAUCUUUCUCUAUGCUAUCUUUCUCUAUGCUAUCUUUCUCUAUGCUAUCUUUAUCUUGGUCUAUCUUUCUCUAUGCUAUCUUUCUCUAUGCUAUCUUUCUCUAUGCUAUCUUUCUCUACGCUAUCUUUCUCUAUGCUAUCUUUCUCUAUGCUAUCUUUAUCUUGGUCUAUCUUUCUCUAUGCUAUCUUUCUCUAUGCUAUCUUUCUCUAUGCUAUCUUUCUCUUGGUCUGUCUUUCUCUAGUAUAUCUCUCUGUUGGUCUUUCCAUAUUUUCUAUUCAUCUGUGUUGCUCUCUGCUGAUAUCUCUGUCAAUGAUUAGUUCUCUAUGUUCAGCUGUAAAGUAUAGGGACUUGAAUAAUUCUCUUUAAUUUACAUUUGUUCGAUUUAACUUUAGUCUGAAAAAUGGCAAGCCCUCAUUAUACUUGAAACUAGAGUUAUUUUUCAUCGUUUGGAAUAUAUUUUCUAAAGAUCUUAACAUUUUAGAAAAGGUCCUCUUGUAAGUUAAAUGAUAUUGAUUCAAGAAGGAAAUGCUCAAUGACUGAAUACAUUACUAUCCUGUGAAAUAUUGACUGCUGCUGACAGUUCUUCUUGGAAUUAAGAAAUAUUGAAAUAUUAGGACGAGCAAUGCAGGACUCCGGUGUAUAAAUAUAUACAGUACCAGUCAAACGUUUGGACACACCUACUCAUUCCAGGAUUUUUCUUUAUUUGUACUAUUUUCUACAUUAUAGAAUAAUAGUGAAGACAUCAAAACUAUUAAAUAACACAUAUGGAAUCAUGUAGUAAUCAAAAAAUUGUUAAACAAAUCAAAAUAUAUUUUAUAUUUGAGAUUCUUCAAAGUAGCCACCCUUUGCCUUGAUGACAGCUUUGCACACCCUUGGCAUAGUGGGUUCGAUCCCCGGGACCACCCAUACACAAAAAUGUAUGCACGCAUGACUGUAAGUCGCUUUGGAUAAAAGCGUCUGCUAAAUGGCAUAUUAUUAUUAUUAUUAUGAUGGGAUGUAUAGAUUAUAUAGACAGUAUAUGGAUAGAAUAUGUAGUAUAUCUGAAGAAUAGUAUAUGUACAGCAAUAGUUAAAUAGGAUAGGUCUUGACUAGAAUACAGUUUAUACAUAUGAAGUGGGUAAAACAGUAUGUAAACAUUAUUCAAGUGACCAGUGUUCAAUGACUAUAUACAUAGGGCAGAAGUCUCUAAGGUGCAGGGUAGAGUACCGGGUGGUAGCCGGCUAGUAACAGUGACUAAAGUUCAGGGCAGAGUAACUGGGCGGAGGCCAGCUAGUGGUGGCUAUUUAACAGACUGAUGGCCUUGAGAUAGAAGCUGUUUAUCAGUCUUUCGGUCCCAGCUUUGAUGCACCUGUACUGACCUCGCCUUCUGGAAGGUAGCGGGGUGAACAGGCCUUGGCUCAGGUGGCGGAGGUCCUUGAUUAUCUUCUUGGCCUUCCUGUGACACCGGGUGCUGUAGAUGUCCUGGAGGGCAGGCAGUGUGCCCUCAAUGCUGCUAUGUGCAGACUGCACCACCCUCUGAAGAGCCCUGCGGUUGCAGGCUGUGCAGUUGCCAUACCAGGCGGUGAUACUGCCCGACAGAAUGCUCUCAAUGGUGCAUCUGUAAAAGUUUGUGAGGGUCUUAGGGGUCAAGGCAAAUUUCUUCAGCCUCCUGAGGUUGUAGAGGCACUGUUGCUCCUUCCUCACCACACUGUCUGUGUGGGUGGACCAUUUCAGAUUGUCAGUGAUGUGCACGCCGAGGAACUUGAAGCUUUUCACCUUCUCCACUGCGGCCCCGUCGAUGUGGAUGGGGGUGUGCUCCCUCUGCUGUCUCCUGAAGUCCACGAUCAGCUCCUACGUUUUGUUGACGUUGAGGGAGGAGGUUAUUUUCCUGGCAUCACUCCACCAGGGCCCUCACCUCCUCCCUGUAGGCUGUCUCGCAACAGGGAGAAUAAUGUAAUAUAGGGCUUUCUAUUGUAGACAGACCACUCAAACACAAACACACACACACACACACACACACACACACACACACACACACACCACUCAAACAAAUAGCUCCAGUAUGCUGACAGAGAGGAGUUAUGGCCAGCUUGAGACUAUAGCCCUAUGAAAUAGUCUAACGGCAUUGAGCUCUUGGCUUUAGAUGAAAGGAGUGGGGUCAACCAGCCGUAACUCAACCUUUUUAGGUUACUGUACCGCCAACUGACUUUUGCUCAGCCCGGAGUACCCUUGAAGUACCCCCUCUUGUGCAUUUUACCAGUAAUCCUAUGGUCUCAUGAGUCUUCUAAUGUAUCCCCUGUGAACCCCCGUAUAUUUGUAGCAAACAGAGCAAGCAGUGGCGUGAACGAGAGUCACAAUCGUCAAUUUUCAUGCAUUUUGGAGUAUAAUAUAUUUUCUGACAGUCGCUCGCACCUAGACUUCUGCAGCAAACUCCUCAUACUCCUGAGGACUGAUACUCCUGAGGACUGAUACUAUUGAGGACUCAUACUCUUGAGGACUGAUGCUCUUGAGGACUGAUACUCCUGAGGACUGAUACUCUUGAGGACUGAUACUCCUGAGGACAGACACUCCUAAGGACUGAUACUCUUGAGGACUGAUACUCCUGAGGACUGAUACUCUUGAGGACUGAUACUCCUGAGGACAGAUACUCCUAAGGACUGAUACUCUUGAGGACUGAUACUCCUGAGGACUGAUACUCUUGAGGACUGAUACUCCUGAGGACUGAUACUCCUGAGGACUCCGAAGAGGGCUUUGGCACAGUGAAGAGAGCACCAUGAGAGAGCACAGUGGAAAUUAGCGAUAGAAUGUGUGUGUGUGUGUGUGUGUGUGUGUGUGUGCGUGCGUGCGUGCUUGCGUGCGUGUGUGUGUGUGUGUGUGUGUGUGUGUGUGUGUGUGUGUGUGUGUGUGUGUGCGUGCGUGCGUGCGUGCGUGUGCGUGUCUGGCAGCCUGAACAGCAUUCACCACACACGCCAGACAACGGAGGGCAGUGAGAGGGGCCUCUCUCUCUUUCUCUCUCUCCUGUUCUCUCUCUCUUUCUCUCUCGUUCUCUCUCUCUGUCUGGCUUUACUGGGUGUUUGGAGGCAAUAGAAUGGAGGGUUAGGAUGACAAGAGGACUGUGCUGUAUGGAAUGAAGAGGGGAGGGGCCAGGAGCGCUCAGCUCAGCAGGCAGUCAGCUUGAGGAGAGGAGUUGACCUGGCAGGACCUGAGUGUUAAAGGAGGUUGCUAAUUGGCUGUGGUAAAGCUGUCACAGUCUCCACUCCAGACCAGACUAGACUGUCGACCAGCCAGGGAGUCUGUGUUUAAUUCCUUUAUUGUUUCAUUCCUUUAAUGUUUCAUUCCUUUAAUGUUUCAUUCCUUUCUUGUUUCAUUCCAUCCUUGUUUCAUUCCUUUAAUGUUUCAUUCCUUUCUUGUUUCAUUCCUUUCUUGUUUCAUUCCUUUAAUGUUUCAUUCCUUUAAUGUUUCAUUCCUUUCUUGUUUCAUUCCUUUCUUGUUUCAUUCCUUUAAUGUUUCAUUCCCUUCUUGUUUCAUUCCUUUCUUGUUUCAUCCCUUUAUUGUUUCAUUCCUUUAUUGUUUCAUUCCUUUCUUGUUUCAUUCCUUUAAUGUUUCAUUCCUUUCUUGCUUAAUUCCUUUCUUGUUUAAUUCCUUUCUUGUUUCAUUCCUUUCUUGUUUCAUCCUUUAAUGUUCAUUCUUUAAUGUUUCAUUCCUUAAUGUUUCAUUCCUUUAAUGUUUCAUUCCUUUCUUGUUUCAUUCCUUAAUGUUUCAUUCCUUUAAUGUUCAUUCCUUUUGUUUCAUUCCUUCUUGUUUCAUUCUUUCUUGUUUAUUCCUUUUGUUUCAUUCCUUUAAUGUUCAUUCCAUUUAUUGUUUCAUUCCUUUCUUGUUUCAUUCCUUUAAUGUUUCAUUCCUUUCUUGUUUCAUUCCUUUCUUGUUUCAUUCCUUUAAUGUUUCAUUCCUUUCUUGUUUCAUUCCUUUAAUUGUUUCAUUCCUUUAAUGUUUCAUUCCUUUCUUGUUUCAUUCCUUUCUUGUUUAAUUCCUUUAAUGUUUCAUUCCUUUCUUGUUUCAUUCCUUUCUUGUUUCAUCCCUUUCUUGUUUCAUCCCUUUCUUGUUUCAUUCCUUUAUUGUUUCAUUCCUUUCUUGUUUCAUUCCUUUAAUGUUUCAUUCCUUUCUUGCUUAAUUCCUUUCUUGUUUAAUUCCUUUCUUGUUUCAUUCCUUUCUUGUUUCAUCCCUUUAAUGUUUCAUUCCUUUAAUGUUUCAUUCCUUUAAUGUUUCAUUCCUUUCUUGUUUCAUCCCUUUAAUGUUUCAUUCCUUUCUUGUUUCAUUCCUUUAAUGUUUCAUUCCUUUCUUGUUUCAUUCCUUUCUUGUUUCAUUCCUUUAAUGUUUCAUUCCUUUCUUGUUUCAUCCCUUUAUUGUUUAAUUCCUUUAAUGUUUCAUUCCUUUAAUGUUUCAUUCCUUUCUUGUUUCAUUCCUUUCUUGUUUCAUUCCUUUCUUGUUUCAUUCCUUUCUUGUUUCAUCCCUUUAAUGUUUCAUUCCUUUAAUGUUUCAUUCCUUUCUUGUUUCAUUCCUUUAAUGUUUCAUCCCUUUAAUGUUUCAUUCCUUUCUUGUUUCAUCCCUUUAAUGUUUCAUUCCUUUAAUGUUUCAUCCCUUUCUUGUUUCAUUCCUUUCUUGUUUCAUCCCUUUAAUGUUUCAUCCCUUUAAUGUUUCAUUCCUUUAAUGUUUCAUCCCUUUAAUGUUUCAUUCCUUUCUUGUUUCAUCCCUUUCUUGUUUCAUUCCUUUAAUGUUUCAUCCCUUUAAUGUUUAAUUCCUUUCUUGUUUCAUCCCUUUAAUGUUUCAUUCCUUUAAUGUUUCAUCCCUUUCUUGUUUCAUUCCUUUCUUGUUUCAUCCCUUUAAUGUUUCAUUCCUUUAAUGUUUCAUCCCUUUAAUGUUUCAUUCCUUUCUUGAAUAAAUUAGUCUGGAAACUUUGUUCACGCCUCCCCUUGAGGAAUGCUGAAGUCAUUCAAGGUAAACUCUUCCUUUUUAUGAGUGAGAGGUUUUCUUAGUCUGAUCUGUGGAUUUUUUGAAGAUCUGAAGUCACAUUCUAUUGAAUGUUUUAACUGAAUGAAUGGAGACCAAGAGGACCGAAACAGAAGACUAGAAGAGAACCCAGGGGAGAGAAAACGUGAAAAUGUCUACAAACUAAAACUGUAUUUCUCCUGUUUGACGAGCUCCUCUUACCACAGCACUCUGCUGUUUUAGUGUUAGAAACAGAGAAACUAAGACCUCACUGAAAACCACAAACAAUGACAAAGUUGUCAGACCCAUGGGACAUGCCUGUCACAUCUCUCUCUCUAUCUGAUCACACAGCUGCUCGAAUGCCGUACUCCUCUGUUCCCUCGUCUCCAACGAUGCUGGAGCACAGGGACUUUAAACUGUGUUCCUCCAGUGCUCUCACUUACCAUAGCUUUAUUAAUCGGAGCAUCUAUCGGAAAAUUAGAAGUUGUGUCAGCUUCAAGAGGGGUGAGUUAAACACGUCGCGACUCAUCUGGACACAGCCGCGUGUGAAGAGAGGGUCGGGUUACGUGUUUCAUGAGUUUACAUACCAGAAUAGUUGAACCACUUCUGGCUAAUGGAAAACCUACGUGUUGUGUGUCUGUGAUGACAAUGUCAUGCUCGUUUAUGGGUUCAGCGUUGAGAUAUACUGUUGACAAGACACUGUAUUAUAAGUGAGGGUUGCUGAGUGUUUUGUCAUUCUGCUAGCUCAACGUUACAGAAUGUUUCUGUAUCAACUCGUUGGUAAGAUUGUAACAACACACUUUAGGAACGUGCAGGAUUCCAAACAACAGAAUUAGAGUUAGACUGUUGCAGUUGCUCUUGUAGGCUAUGCCGUACCUCAUUGUAGCCUACCACAUGUUGUGUUCAGGGCCAGGCCUCUGUCUCUGGCUGUGUCUGGAGACCAGAACAGUAUGCAGCAGAUCCAAAGCUCUCGGGAAGGCAGCCUCAGCAGCCCUAAUCCCUUGUUGUACGCCGUCCGCAUGAGACCCCCUAAAUGUGAAUCACACCUGGAUUCAAACACUAUUUGAAAUCUUUCAAAUACUUUGAGCAUUUGUGUCAAUCUGCCUGAAGUGCCAUAUGGGCAGGUUGUCCUGUUUUAGGGCUAUUUUAUUAGUCCAUGAAGUCAGGCAUGCUCAAUCAAGCACAUACAACGUUUUUUUAGAUGAUUUCAAAUAGCAUUUGAACCCAGGUCUGAUGUGAAUCACAAUUUUUUCUAAUGGAUUGACACAGACAAAAGGCUAGAGCAGCAGAGAGUUGAACAGAGCAGAGCAGAGCAGAGGAGAACAGAACAGAACAAAGGAGAGGAGAGGAGAGGAGAGGAGAGGAGAGGAGAGGAGAGGAGAGGAGAGGAGAGGAGAGGAGAGGAGAGGAGAGGAGAGGAGAGGAGAGGAGAGGAGAGGAGAGGAGAGGAGAGGAGAGGAGAGGAGGAAGUUUGAUUUAAUCGCUUGGUUUUGUAGGUGUUUUGUGAGGGAUUAAUAAUACAUAUUAUUUACUACAGUGGGCAGAGUCAGAGUUAUCGUAGGCUGAGAACAGAAAAAAAGAUUCCAUUGGAAUGAAUCAGAUGGUUUAGAAUCCCCCAGUACUCCUUUGAUGCUGUUCUCUUUGUGGCUUUAGUAAUAUGCACCAGUUUCUUCCUCUUUGAUAUAUGCAGAUUGGGGGAUGAAUCUGUUUUUUUUAAUGGGCUUGAUGUGAUGCCUUGGUUUGACAGGAUAUUUUCCCUUUAACGUUCUAUCAGAAAAUGCUAAAAUAAUCUAGUUGUGAAAAUCCUGAAGCAGAAAUCUCAAAACAUCACUGUUUAAAAAAAAAAAAAUCACUGUUUACUAAACACUAAUACAGUGUGCUUCAUAGUGCACAAUGUUAUAUUACCUUUGAUAACCUUUGCUGUGAGUUGAUCUCCAUGUGCUAUUAAACAUCCUAUAGCAAGCAUUCCACAUGCCAAUGAGUUGGUACUCAUCGUGUACUGGAUGUCUUUGGAAAAAACACAGAUUUAACAAGAAAGUCACACUAUACAUCCUAAGUCCUAACAUUGAGCUGUGUGUUUGUGUCUCUGCCAGGUAUCUUUGGUCAGAAGCUGGAGGAGACGGUACAGUAUGAGAGGCGUUACGGGAGCAGGCAGGCUCCCAUGCUGGUGGAGCAGUGUGUGGACUUUAUACGCAAGUCGGGCCUACGGGAGGAAGGACUCUUCAGGCUACCAGGGCAGGCCAACCUAGUCAAAGAGCUGCAGGAUGCCUUCGACUGCGGAGAGAAGCCCUCCUUCGACUGGUAUGUAAAGAUAUGUUACGUUUUACUGUAAACGAGAUGAGAAGCGUGUACAAAUGUAAAUGCACAACUUUCCUUUGCAUGUGUUUGAUACGAUUCUGUUAAUUCCAUUCCAUUAUGAGCCUGUCCUCCUUAUCUCUCCCUCCACCAGCCUCCACUGGUGUAUAUAUAUAUACACUACCGGUCAAGAGUUUUAGAACACCUACUCAUUCAAGGGUUUUUCUUUAUUUUUACUAUUUUCUACAUUGUAGAAUAAUAGCGAAGACAUCAAAACUAUGAAAUAACACAUAUGGAAUCAUGUAGUAACCAAAAAAGUGUUAAACAAAUCAAAAUAUAUUUUAUAUUUCAGAUUCUUCAAAUAGCCACCCUUUGCCUUGAUGACAGCUUUGCACACUCUUGGCAUUCUCUCAACCAGCUUCAUGAGGUAGUCACCUGGAAUAAAUUCAACUAACAGAUGUGCCUUGUUAAAAGUGCAUUUGUGGAAUUUCUUUCCUUCUUAAUGCGUUUGAGACAACCAGUUGUGUUGUGACAAGGUAGGGGGGGUAUACAGAAGAUAGCCCUGUUUGGUAAAAUACCAAGUCCAUAUUAUGGCAAGAACAGCUCAAAUAAGCAAAGAGAAACGACAGUCCAUCAUUACUUUAAGACUUGAAGGUCAGUCAAUAUGGAACAUUUCAAGAACUUUGAAAGUUUCUUCAAGUGCAGUCGCAAAAACCAUCAAGCGCUAUGAUGAAACUGGCUCUCAUGAGGACAGCCACAGGAAUGGAAGACCCAGAGUUACCUCUGCUGCAGAGGAUAAGUUAAUUAGAGUUACCAGCCUCAGAAAUUGCAGCCCAAAUAAAUGCUUCACAUAGUUCAAGUCACAGACACAUCUCAACAUCAACGGUUCAGAGGAGACUGUGUGAAUCAGGCCUUCAUGGUCGAAUUGCUGCAAAGAAACCACUACUUAACGACACCAAUAAGAAGAAGAGACUUGCUUGGGCCAAGAAACACAAGCAAUGGACAUUAGACCGGUGGAAAUGUGUCCUUUGUUCUGGAGUCCAAAUUGGCUGGGGUGAACGGGUAAUCUUUGCAUGUGUAUUUCCCACCGUAAAGCAUGGAAGAGGAAGUGUUAUGGUGUGGGGGUGCUUUGCUGGUGACACUGUCUGUGAUUUAUUUAGAAUUCAAGGCACACUUAACCAGCAUGGCUACCACAGCAUUCUGCAGCGAUAUGCCAUCCCAUCUGGUUUGGGCUUAGUGGGACUAUCAUUUAUUUUUCAACAGGACAAUGACCCAACAUACCUCCAGGCUGUGUAAGUGCUAUUUUACCAAGAAGGAGAGUGAUGGAGUGCUGCAUCAGAUGACCUGGCAUCCACAGUCCCCCGACCUCAAACAAAUGGAGAUGGUUUGGGAUGAGUCGGACCGCAGAGUGAAGGUAAAGCAGCCAACAAGUGCUCAACAUAUGAGGGAACUCCUUCAAGACAGUUGGAAAAGCAUUCAUCAUGAAGCUGGUUGAGAGAAUGCCAAGAGUGUGCAAAGCUGUCAUCAAGGCAAAGGGUGGCUAUUUGAAGAAUCUGAAAUAUAAAAUAUAUUUUGAUUUGUUUAACACUUUUUUGGUUACUACAUGAUUCCAUAUGUGUUAUUUCAUAGUUUUGAUGUCUUCACUAUUAUUGUACAAUGUAGAAAAUAGUAAAAAUAAAGAAAAACCCUUGAAUGAGUAGGUGUUCUAAGACUUUUGACCGGUAGUGUACAGUAUGUAAUAUUUGAAGGAAAACCCGUCCUUGGACUGCAUGCCAGCAAUAUACUGUAUAUACACUGAGUGUACAAAACAUUAAGGACACAUGCUCUUUCCAUGACAGACUGACCAGGUGAAUCCAGGUGAAAGCUAUGAUCCCUAAUUGAUGUCACUUGUUAAACCCACUUCAAUCAGUGUAGAUGAAGGGGAGGAGACAGGUUAAAGAAGGAUUUUUCAGCCUUGAGACAUUUGAGACAUGGAUUGUGUAUGUGUGCCAUUCAGAGGGUGAGUGGGCAAGACAAAAGAUUUAAGUGCCUUUGAACGGGUUAUGGUAGUAGGUGCCAGGCGCACCGGUUUGUGUCAAGAACUGCAAAGUUGCUGGGUUUUUCACGCUCAACAGUUUCCCGUGUGUAUCAAGAAUGGUCCACCACCCAAAGGACAUCCAGCCAACUUGACACAACUGUGGGAAGCAUUGGAGUCAACAUGGGCCAGCAUCCCUGUGGAACGCUUUCGACUCCUUGUAGAGUCCAUGCCCCGACGAAUUGAGACUGUUCUGAGGGCAAAAGGGGGUGCAAGUCAAUAUUAGGAUGUGUAUGGGAACCCACAGCCUUGGCGUUGCUUAAGCCACACUUAUUCACUCUGCAAUAUAUAGAAUCUCAAAUCAAAUUCCAUAUUUUUUAUCCUAUUUCCUGCUAAUUCUGUAUCGAGGCCCGCCAGGAUGUUAUAAGUCAUUCCCACAGUAAUAAUAAUUCCCAGACUGGAAAUUAAAUCCGGGAGUGGAAAGCGGUGACAGACAGCUUUAGGCACAUCAACCUAAUGCCUCAGGGCAUUGUUAUGGGAUGCUCAGACACCUUACCUGUAAUGACUUUUACCAUGGUCCGACAGAAUGCUGACAACUCUACCUGUAAUGACUUUUACCAUGGUCCGACAGAAUACUCACAACUCUGCCUGUUGAUAUGCAUGUCAGUCACGUUACCUAUAUGAGUUCUCAGAUAGGGUGGCUAUUUAUUCUUAUAGGGACUUACACUGUAAACCCCAAGGCAUUUUUAACUCAAAUACUUCUAGUAAGUUGAACUCAAAGUCAAUGAAAAGUUAUUAUUACUUAAAAGGUUUAUGUGGUACUGACUCAAAGCUAAAUAAGAAUUCACACCAACUAUUUUUAUUUUAUUUUUACAAAUGAACUUUUUUCCCAGCAUGCUCUCCUGCAGGUUGAUUUUUUGGAAUUGUUUUUAAUAUCUGUGUUUUUGCAUGUACUUUGAGCGAUUGACUUAUUAAAUGUUAUGCUACACAAAGAUUUACAAAACAAUUCUAAACGAAUCCAAUCAUUGAAUUUUUGCACCCGUUACUGAAAUGGUUGUUCCAGGUUAAAUGGUUAAAUUAAAAGGUAGUUUCCUCCCACUGUUCUUAUGUUCUUAACCCUGGCAGUCAUUAUGAAUAUAGGUUGUGGGUAAAUACACAUUUCAACUGCUGGAUAGCCUAAUGCUGGCUAAAAUUCCAAUUGGAUUUACACAUCACUUUGCAAGCCAGCAUAAUAUGAUAGACAGUUAGAGUUGCAAAAUUCUGGUAAAUUUCCCAGGUUUUCCAGAAAUCCUGAUUGGAAGAUUACAGUUUUUUUUGGUGGGGGAGUUUAUGGAAUUUUGCAACCCUACUAUUUAAGUAUACCUUACUCAAAAAAAGCAGCAUUUGUAUUACUCAUAUGAAGGUAGUACUGCUUACUUGAGCUAUUUAAGUUUCUUAACCUAAUUUUUUUAAUGAAAUCGGUUUCCUCAAAAUUGUUUGAGGUGCCAGAACCUAUCCUGUUUUACAGUGUAGAGGCCGAUUCAGAGCAGAGUUAAGUGUGCAUAACUCAGACUUCAGUGUAAAUCAUCCAUUGAUGUCAAUAGGAAACUUGCAGGAGUAUUCAACAUGCAAGAGGAAGAGAGGGAGGGAAAGCGAGGGAGGUAAGAAGGGAGAGAAGUAGGUAGAAAGGGUGGGAGGGAGAUGGGGUCUGUGUUGAUUACAUUCUGACACUGACAGUCCUCCGGUAGUAUUCUAGCUCAGAAUUCUUCCAUAGCGACCAGGGCCGCGGGAAAAGAAACACGGGAUAGAGUUGGGCUGUUUUAAAACUUCCCCCAUUCUAAACACUGAGUUGGAACUGGUAAUUGGAAACAGCUCCUGUUGGGGGGUGAGCCUGGGGGGGGGGGAAGGGAAGAAGAGACAUUAGGACUUUAUAAAGAGGUUUUGAACCCCCUUUUUUUUUUUCCCGGAGAGGGAAAAAGCGAGGGGUUUAAGAGAGAGAGGGGGAGGGGAAGGGGAGAGAGAGAAGGGGAAGUAGAGGGAGAAGGGGGAAAAGAAGAGAGAGGGAGGAGGAAAGGGGGAGGCGAAGGGGAGAGAGAAGCGGAAGGGGAGGGGAAAAGAGGAGAUCGGGAAAGAGGAAGAGGGGGCGGAGGAAAAGGGGGGGGGAGGAGGGCAAAAGGAUCGGAGGAGAGCGGGAAAAAGGGGAGAAAGGGGAGAAGAGGAGAGAGAAGGUAGAGAAAAGGGGAGAGGGGAGAGAGAAGGGAAAAGAAGAGAGAAGAUAAGAAGAACCAAGGAGAAAGAGAGGAGGGAAGGAAUGAACCCCAAGAGGAGAGAGGGGGAGGGAAGGAAAAACCCCCAAACCCAAAGAGAGAAAAAGGAAGUUCCCCAAAAAACCUAGAAUUUGGGGGGGACCGGGACGGGGGGGGGGGGGGGGGGGGGGGGGGGAAAAGGGGGGGGGGGUUUAAAAACCCCCCUUUUAAAAAGGGGGGGGUUUUCCCCCCCCUAAAAUUUAAAUUUUCCCCCUCCCCAAAACAAACCCCCCCCAAAACCUUUUUUAAAAACUCAGAAUCUUAUCGACCAGGGCGGGGAGAAAGAAAAACCGGCAUAGAGGUUGGGAACUUGUUUUUAAACAAUUAACUCUAUUUCUUUUUAAACCCGGGUGGGAGGGGGAAGGAAAACUGGGGGGGGGAGAGAGGAGAGGAGAGAGAGAGGAGGAGAGUGAGAGGGGAGAGGAGCGAGAGAGGUGAAGCGAGGGGAGAGAGAGGAGAGAUGAGAGAGAGAGGAGAGAGAGAGAGAGAGAGAGUGAGAGAGAGAGAGAGGAGAGAGAGAGAGAGAGGAGUGAGAGAGGAGGAGAGAGAGAGAGGAAGGAGAAGGAUAGGAGAGAGAGAGAGAGAGAGGAGCAGAAAGAGUGAGAGAGAGAGGAAGGAGAGAAGAGAGGAGAGGAGACAGAAAGAGAGAUGAGAGAGAGAGACGGAGAAGGAGAGAGAGAGAGAGAAGGAGACGGAGGCGGAUGCAAGCUGAGAGAGCGAGGAGAGAAUCAUGGGGCUGAGAGAGAGAGAGAGAGAGAGGAGAUAGAGAGAGAGAGAGAGGAGAGAGAGAGAGAGAGAGAGAGAGAGAUGAGAGAGGAGAGAGAGAGGAUGAGAGAGAGAGAGAGAGAGAGAGAGAGAGAACGCAAAAGAGAGAAAGAGAGAGGUUGUCAUAGAACCCCCACUGUGUGGGAUGUAGCAGGGAGGGAUGUGUGUAUCAGGAUGGUGACACCUUCCAUAACUCAGAGAUGAUAGAGGCAUGUGAGAGAUGGUCCCCUCCCACCACCACACACCACCACCUACAGUAACCUGAUUUAGGAUUAUCUUACUCUCUCUACCCCUCUCCCCCCCCCUCUCCUCUCCCUCUCUGCCUCCAUCUUGCUCCCUCUCCCUCUCCCCCCUCUCCUCUCCCUCUCUGCCUCCAUCUCUGUCCCUCCCCCUCUCCUCUCCCUCUCUGCCUCCAUCUUUUGCUCUCUAUUUCACCCUCUCUCUCUCCUGUCUCUCUCCUCCCUCUCUCUCCUCCAACUCUCUCUCUUCUCUCUCUCUCUCUCCUUCCUCUCUCUGCAGUAAUACAGAUGUCCAUACAGUAGCCUCUCUACUAAAGCUGUAUCUCAGAGAGCUACCAGAACCAGUCAUCCCUUUCUCCAAGUUUGACGAGUUCCUCUCCUGCACCAAGCUGCUCAGCAAGGACGAGGAAUCUGUAAGUACUUCCUGGGUCUAAGAUUUAAGUUGUAUCUGAAAUGGCAUCCUAUUCCCUAUACUGUGCAGUGCACUUCUUUUGACCAGAGCCUAUGGGACAAAAGUAGUACUAGGGUGCCGUUAACCAAUCAAAUUGGAUGAAUCUUCUCUCACACUACAAGACUUGCUGCUUCAGGGGGUAUCCGUCCUCUACUCCCCUCAGUCACUCGCCAAACCUGUUUGUUUUCAUCUUUCAUUCAGCAACUUGGUGUGUGUCUUAGCUGGGCUGAGCUGUGUGUGUGUGUGUGUGUGUGUGUGUGUGUGUGUGUGUGUGUGUGUGUGUGUGUGUGUGUGUGUGUGUGUGUGUGUGUGUGUGUGUGUGUGAGUGUGCGUGUUUGCGUAUGUGCGUAUGUGCAUGCAUGCUAGCUAUCUUACCUCUGAAAACACACAGCCAGUCAGCCAGUCAACCAGUCAGCCAAUCAGCCAGUCAACCAGUCAGCCAGUCAACCAGUCAGCCAGUCAACCAGUCAGCCAGUCAGCCAGUCAACCAGUCAGCCAGUCAACCAGUCAGCCAGUCAGCCAGUCAGCCAGUCAGCCAGUCAACCAGUCAGCCAGUCAACCAGUCAACCCAUAGGGAUCCAAUCGUUUCACAGCAAACACAAUCAAAGUCCUGAGCAUGACCAGCAGAUUGAAUUGAAGAAGCAGCACAUUUUUCUCAUUCUAUUUCUCACCCUUGCUUUGUUGUCUUUUCUUUGAAUUGUUUGAAAGACACAAUGAAAUGUCAAAGAAAGUUCCGUUUUUUUUCACAGGAUCAGUGUAGACCUUGAUAAUGGCUCACCAGUAAGGCUAGUGAGGUCACUGCAGUAUAUACAAUAAGGCUCUUAGCAGUGCAGUAGACACAAUAAGGCUCUGAGCGGUGCAGGGACACAAUAAGGCUCUGAGCGGUGCAGGGACACAAUAAGGCUCUGAGCGGUGCAGUAAACACAAUAAGGCUCUGAGCGGUGCAGUAGACACAAUAAGGCUCUGAGCGGUGCAGGGACACAAUAAGGCUCUGAGCGGUGCAGGGACACAAUAAGGCUCUGAGCGGUGCAGUAAACACAAUAAGGCUCUGAGCGGUGCAGUAAACACAAUAAGGCUCUGAGCAGUGCAGUAGACACAAUAAGGCUCUGAGCGGUGCAGGGACACAAUAAGGCUCUGAGCGGUGCAGGGACACAAUAAGGCUCUGAGUGGCGCAGUAGACACAAUAAGGCUCUGAGUGGUGCAGUAGACACAAUAAGGGUCUGAGCGGUGCAGGGAAACAAUAAGGGUCUGAGCGGUGCAGUAGACACAAUAAGGCUCUGAGCGGUGCAGUAGACACAAUAAGGCUCUGAGUGGUGCAGUAGACACAAUACGGGUCUGAGCGGUGCAGGGACACAAUAAGGGUCUGAGCGGUGCAGUAGUCACAAUAAGGGUCUGAGCGGUGCAGGGACACAAUAAGGCUUUGAGCUGUGCAGUAGACACAAUAAGGCUCUGAGUGGUGCAGGGACACAAUAAGGGUCUGAGCGGUGCAGUAGACACAAUAAGGCUCUGAGUGGUGCAGUAGACACAAUACGGGUCUGAGCGGUGCAGGGACACAAUAAGGGUCUGAGCGGUGCAGUAGACACGAUAAGGGUCUGAGCGGUGCAGGGACACGAUAAGGCUUUGAGCUGUGCAGUAGACACAACAAGGCUCUGAGUGGUGCAGUAGACACAAUAAGGCUCUGAGUGGUGCAGGGACACAAUAAGGGUCUGAGCGGUGCAAUAGACACAAUAAGGGUCUGAGCGGUGCAGUAGACACAAUAAGGGUCUGAGCGGUGCAGGGACACAAUAAGGCUAUGAGCAGUGCAGGGACACAAUAAGGCUCUGAGUGGUGCAGUAGACACAAUAAGGGUCUGAGUGGUGCAGGGACAGAAUAAGGGUCUGAGUGGUGCAGGAACACAAUAAGGCUCUGAACGGUGCAGUAGACACAAUAAGGCUCUGAGCGGUGCAGGGACACAAUAAGGGUCUGAGCGGUGCAGUAGACACAAUAAUGGUCUGAGCGGUGCAGUAGACACAAUACAGCUUUGAGCAGUGCGGUAGACACAAUAAGGGUCUGAGCGGUGCAGGGACACAAGGCUCUGAGCGGUGCAGUAGACACAAUAAGACUUUGAGCGUUGCAGUAGACAAAAUAAGGCUCUGAGCGGUGUAGUGACACAAUAAGGGUCUGAGCAGUGCAGUAGACACAAUAAGGCUCUGAGCGGUGCAGGGACACAUUAAGGCUUUGAGCAGUGCAGUAGACACAAUAAGGCUCUGAGCGGUGCAGGGACACAAUAAGGCUCUGAGCGGUGCAGUAGACACAAUAAGGGUCUGAGCAGUGCAGGGACACAAUAAGGCUCUGAGCGGUGCAGGGACACAAUAAGGCUCUGAGCGGUGCAGUAGACACAAUAAGGGUCUGAGCGGUGCAGGGACACAAUAAGGGUCUGAGCGGUGCAGUAGACACAAUACAGCUUUGAGCAGUGCGGUAGACACAAUAAGGGUCUGAGCGGUUUAGGGACACAAGGCUCUGAGCGGUGCAGUAGACACAAUAAGACUUUGAGCGGUGCAGUAGACAAAAUAAGGCUCUGAGCGGUGUAGGGACACAAUAAGGGUCUGAGCAGUGCAGUAGACACAAUAAGGCUCUGAGCGGUGCAUGGACACAUUAAGGCUUUGAGCAGUGCAGUAGACACAAUAAGGCUCUGAGCGGUGCAGGGACACAAUAAGGCUCUGAGCGGUGCAGUAGACACAAUAAGGGUCUGAGCGGUGCAGGGACACAAUAAGGUUCUGAGCGGUGCAGUAGACACAAUAAGGGUCUGAGCGGUGCAUGGACACAAUAAGGGUCUGAGCGGUGCAGUAGACAGAAUAAGGGUCUGAGCGGUGCAGGGACACAAUAAGGGUCUGAGCGGUGCAGGGACACAAUAAGGGUCUGAGCGGUGCAGGGACACAAUAAGGCUCUGAGCGGUGCAGUAGACACAAAAAGGGUCUGAGCGGUGCAUGGACACAAUAAGGGUCUGAGCGGUGCAGUAGACACAAUAAGGGUCUGAGCGGUGCAGUAGACACAAUACAGCUUUGAGCAGUGCGGUAGACACAAUAAGGGUCUGAGCGGUGCAGGGACACAAGGCUCUGAGCAGUGCAGUAGACACAAUAAAACUUUGAGCGGUGCAGUAGACAAAAUAAGGCUCUGAGCGGUGUAGGGACACAAUAAGGGUCUGAGCAGUGCAGUAGACACAAUAAGGCUCUGAGCGGUGCAGGGACACAUUAAGGCUUUGAGCAGUGCAGUAGACACAAUAAGGCUCUAAGCGGUGCAGGGACACAAUAAGGCUCUGAGCGGUGCAGUAUACACAAUAAGGGUCUGAGCAGUGCAGGGACACAAUAAGGCUCUGAGCGGUGCAGGGACACAAUAAGGCUCUGAGCGGUGCAGUAGACACAAUAAGGGUCUGAGCGGUGCAUGGACACAAUAAGGGUCUGAGCGGUGCAGUAGACACAAUAAGGGUCUGAGCGGUGCAGUAGACACAAUACAGCUUUGAGCAGUGCGGUAGACACAAUAAGGGUCUGAGCGGUGCAGGGACACAAGGCUCUGAGUGGUGCAGUAGACACAAUAAGACUUUCAGCGGUGCAGUAGACAAAAUAAGGCUCUGAGCGGUGUAGGGACACAAUAAGGGUCUGAGCAGUGCAGUAGACACAAUAAGGCUCUGAGCGGUACAGGGACACAUUAAGGCUUUGAGCAGUGCAGUAGACACAAUAAGGCUCUGAGCGGUGCAGGGACACAAUAAGGCUCUGAGCGGUGCAGUAGACACAAUAAGGGUCUGAGCGGUGCAGGGACACAAUAAGGCUCUGAGCGGUGCAGUAGACACAAUAAGGGUCUGAGUGGUGCAGGGACACAAUAAGGGUCUGAGCGGUGCAGUAGACACAAUAAGGGUCUGAGCGGUGCAGGGACACAAUAAGGGUCUGAGCGGUGCAGGGACACAAUAAGGGUCUGAGCGGUGCAGGGACACAAUAAGGCUCUGAGCGGUGCAGGGACACAAUAAGGCUCUGAGCGGUGCAGUAGACACAAUAAGGGUCUGAGCGGUGCAUGGACACAAUAAGGGUCUGAGCGGUGCAGUAGACACAAUAAGGGUCUGAGCGGUGCAGUAGACACAAUACAGCUUUGAGCAGUGCGGUAGACACAAUAAGGGUCUGAGCGGUGCAGGGACACAAGGCUCUGAGCGGUGCAGUAGACACAAUAAGACUUUGAGCGGUGCAGUAGACAAAAUAAGGCUCUGAGCGGUGUAGGGACACAAUAAGGGUCUGAGCAGUGCAGUAGACACAAUAAGGCUCUGAGCGGUGCAGGGACACAUUAAGGCUUUGAGCAGUGCAGUAGACACAAUAAGGCUCUGAGCGGUGCAGGGACACAAUAAGGCUCUGAGCGGUGCAGUAGACACAAUAAGGGUCUGAGCGGUGCAGGGACACAAUAAGGCUCUGAGCGGUGCAGGGACACAAUAAGGCUCUGAGCUGUGCAGUAGACACAAUAAGGGUCUGAGCGGUGCAUGGACACAAUAAGGGUCUGAGCGGUGCAGUAGACACAAUAAGGGUCUGAGCGGUGCAGGGACACAAUAAGGGUCUGAGCGGUGCAGGGACACAAUAAGGGUCUGAGCGGUGCAGGGACACAAUAAGGCUCUGAGCGGUGCAGGGACACAAUAAGGCUCUGAGCGGUGCAGUAGACACAAUAAGAGUCUGAGCGGUGCAUGGACACAAUAAGGGUCUGAGCGGUGCAGUAGACACAAUAAGGGUUUGAGCGGUGCAGUAGACACAAUACAGCUUUGAGCAGUGCGGUAGACACAAUAAGGCUCUGAGCGGUGCAGGGACACAAUAAGGCUCUGAGCGGUGCAGUAGACACAAUAAGGGUCUGAGCGGUGCAGGGACACAAUAAGGCUCUGAGCGGUGCAGGGACACAAUAAGGCUCUGAGCGGUGCAGUUGACACAAUAAGGUUCUGAGCGGUGCAUGGACACAAUAAGGGUCUGAGCGGUGCAGGGACACAAUAAGGCUCUGAGCGGUGCAGGGACACAAUAAGGGUCUGAGCGGUGCAGGGACACAAUAAGGCUCUGAGCGGUGCAGGGACACAAUAAGGCUCUGAGCUGUGCAGUAGACACAAUAAGGGUCUGAGCGGUGCAUGGACACAAUAAGGGUCUGAGCGGUGCAGUAGACACAAUAAGGGUCUGAGCGGUGCAGGGACACAAUAAGGGUCUGAGCGGUGCAGGGACACAAUAAGGGUCUGAGCGGUGCAGGGACACAAUAAGGCUCUGAGCGGUGCAGGGACACAAUAAGGCUCUGAGCGGUGCAGUAGACACAAUAAGAGUCUGAGCGGUGCAUGGACACAAUAAGGGUCUGAGCGGUGCAGUAGACACAAUAAGGGUCUGAGCGGUGCAGUAGACACAAUACAGCUUUGAGCAGUGCGGUAGACACAAUAAGGCUCUGAGCGGUGCAGGGACACAAUAAGGCUCUGAGCGGUGCAGUAGACACAAUAAGGGUCUGAGCGGUGCAGGGACACAAUAAGGCUCUGAGCGGUGCAGGGACACAAUAAGGCUCUGAGCGGUGCAGUUGACACAAUAAGGGUCUGAGCGGUGCAUGGACACAAUAAGGGUCUGAGCAGUGCAGGGACACAAUAAGGGUCUGAGCGGUGCAGGGACACAGUAAGGGUCUGAGCGGUGCAGGAACACAGUAAGGGUCUGAGCGGUGCAGUAGACACAAUAAGGGUCUGAGCGGUGCAGGGACACAAUAAGGGUCUGAGCGGUGCAGUAGACACAAUAAGGGUCUGAGCGGUGCAGGGACACAAUAAGGGUCUGAGCGGUGCAGGGACACAAUAAGGGUCUGAGCGGUGCAGGGACACAAUAAGGCUCUGAGCGGUGCAGGGACACAAUAAGGGUCUGAGCGGUGCAGGGACACAAUAAGGGUCUGAGCGGUGCAGGGACACAAUAAGGGUCUGAGCGGUGCAGGGACACAAUAAGGGUCUGAGCGGUGCAGGGACACAAUAAGGGUCUGAGCGGUGCAGGGACACAGUAAGGGUCUGAGCGGUGCAGGGACACAAUAAGGGUCUGAGCGGUGCAUGGACACAAUAAGGGUCUGAGCGGUGCAGGGACACAAUAAGGGUCUGAGCGGUGCAGGGACACAAUAAGGGUCUGAGCGGUGCAGGGACACAGUAAGGGUCUGAGCGGUGCAGGGACACAGUAAGGGUCUGAGCGGUGCAGGGACACAGUAAGGGUCUGAGCAGUGCAGGGAAAAGGGCUUUGUCCCAAAUGAUACCCUAUUGAUACCCAGAGCCCUAUGGGCCCUGGUCAAAAGUAUUAGAUAGGGAAUUGGAUGCUCCAAGGAUAUUGAUUAUGAUAAGAUCUGGACCAGAUUAAAGAUGGAGAUCUGAUAAGAUAUCAUCAAUUGAUCACCUAUGACUUGUUAAAUGGACUUGGACUCAUACGAUUAAUGGUACAGAUAUGCUGUAUCGGAUAAACUGGGUUUAUUAUGCACGUUUUAUGUUCGUUCAUAAUGGGGGGGAAAUAUCUACUGGGGAAUACAUUUAAAGCAUGCAUGUAAAGCAGAGGCUUCAAUAACUAUUACCGUAAAGCAAUUAGCAAAUAUUCUGUGGUGAUGUCAAACUAUAUUUUUGCCCUAAUCCAUCCCAUUAAUCGCUCCAAAGAGUGUAGAACAUGUAUUAAACGGACACAGUAGGGUCCUAGGGGGUAACUAGCCCCCCCUAAGAACAAUGUCUAAUUGCUGACACAAAAAAGCAACGUUUGGAGAAAUAAAUGGUAUGUGGAUGAAGGUCAUGCUUAGGAGAGUAAACUAUAAAGGGAAAUAAAUGGCUACAGUUUACACUUUUUUUUUGUUAUUUCAUGAAAUUUUGUUUUUAGAAAAGGGCAGUUUUUUUUUUAAGUACCAGGGUAGUAACUGCCCGCCCCAUGGGGUAACUGGCCCUCGGGGGUGCCAAUUAACCCUGUAGAAGAUUAUGGCAUAGGUGUGUUAAAAUCAAUUUUUAUCAGUUUUAUUUAGAAAUUCAAUAGUAAAGCUGUAAAGCUAAGUCUAAUUGUCUUACUUUAAUUAUUUAAAUAAAAUAUGGGGGGGGGGGGUUUAAAUGGUGUUGCACAUGUAACCAUUAAUAUCCGCACUAUGAGGAGAUUUGAUGUAAAGUCCCUCUUUUUAACUCACCUGCACAUUCAUUAUCUUUGUUCUUUCUUUGAUGUUCCUUUUCCAUACAAUCCAUUAUGUACUGUACAAUUGCACUGAAUAUUAUUUGAAUAAUGCAAGAUUUUAAAUCCCAGCAGUCUUUAAAAUGACAUUCAGGAGCAAAAGGUUUUUAAUAGUUGUUUAAAAAUAUAUAUAUAUUAAUUGGAAUAUAAUAUUGGAAUGGAAUAUAACUAAUAACAUUAAAUAACAUUGGAAUAACAUUUAAUAACAAUAACUUAACUAAUUAACUCAGUGUAACAUUGAUGUGGCAACUCUCUUAUGCUCUGCUAUUGCUCGAUUGUAAUUUGUACAUGCUGUAGGUCACAAAUAAAGCUAUCCCCAGUCAAAUUGGAGCACAACUCAUGAGCCCAUCUCCUGCACUGCUCACACCUAAUCCAGCCCCCACCUGUGACUGACAACAGGGGGAGAGAUGCCAAUUGAAAAGCUCUCGCUUAAAAACUUAGCUAGCUAUCUAUCUAGCUAUAUGACAUAAAAUGCUGUGUAAAAUAGCUAAAAGGCUAUAAAGUAACAUUAACUGUAAAGCCAUCGGUCACUAGUAGAAACAUUUACAACUGCAAUUAAGUUACGUUAUCUUUUUAAUGUAUUUUACCUCAGGAGAUCUGUAGUAAGGUUGGUAGCUAGCACUCCUAUCAGCUUAUGCUAACUAGCUAGCUGGCUAGCAUUUACUGCUAGUGAAGAUGCUAGCUAGCAAGUGACAGGUAGAAACACAUUCAUAACCAUAAAGGGGUAAAAUAUAUAUAUAUAUAUAUAGAUCUAACUUCAUUGGACUAUAUCUACAACUUUUCAAAAUUUAAAAAAAUUUGAUCAACUUACCACAGAAUUGUUUUUGUUGAAAUAUCUCCAAAAGUUGUGAUGACAAAGCGCAAGAGCAGUGGCAGCCAGGGAAAGUGUUGGGGAAAUAAUUUGGUGACAUCUUGUGGUCUUAAUGUGAAUUACAGGGGGGGGGGGGGGGGGGGGCAAUUACCCCAUAGUAACCUAGUUCUAUAGUACAUUAGGAUGUACAUUAAGUGCAACGUGUGUAUUCUCUCACCAGGGAAUGAAGGAACUGAAAAGACAAGUGGAAUGUCUACCUCCUGUCAACUACAAUCUGCUGCAGUACAUAUGCAGGUAGAGUAGUAUAUUUUUUUUAUUUUUUUUUUAUCACUGCAUUAUAGUGUAUCACUGAAUCACUGUAUCACUGUAUCACUGAAUCACUGUAUCACUGUAUCACUGUAUCACUGUAUCACUGUACUACUGUAUCACUGUAUCACUGUAUCACUGUGAAGGCCAGUAUUAUUCUUCACAGACAGACCUGCAAAGUUUAUUGUAUUGUGACAUUGUUGUUCCGCAGCAUUUCACUAUCAUUAAAAAGCUAACUGGGAUGUUGAUUGUGUUUCUCCUACAGAUUUUUAGAUGAAGUCCAGUCCUAUUCAGGUGUGAAUAAAAUGUGUGUCCAGAACCUGGCCACAGUCUUUGGUCCAAAUAUACUACGGCCAAAGAUUGAAGACCCUGUAGCAAUCAUGGAAGGUACGUUUAUUUUCUAGCUCAGCUUUAUGUCUGUGGCUUUUCAGGUUGCUAUUGUAAAAGAGAACAUACCUAGUUAAAUAAAGUGCAUUUCGAUAGAAAAAAAAUGUAACUUUUUUAAGUGGAAAGAAUGGCAUACAUGAUCUCAAUAAUUAAUCAAAUCUUUAGUAAUUUGACACCAUUGUCCUUCUAGGCCUACGACAAUGUAAUCGGUGAGUAUACAGUAUUAUGAUGCUUAUGGACCUGUAAAGACAUGUAACCUUUCUGGUGUCCUCAGGUACAGUGCUGGUGCAGCAGCUGAUGUCUGUUCUGAUUGGUCGUCACGACGUGUUGUUCCCCAGAGACGAGGACGGUCCCAAGACACUGGAGCUGGUCAACAACAACAACGAGGUGGGUGGUGUACGAGCCCGCGGGGUUGGUAUUUAAACCCAUGGCACUAGCUAGCUAGUGACACCAAGGUUGUGGGUUCAAACAGUAGUGGAGGUGAUUUGGAAUCCCGCUCUGGUGAUUGGUAGCCCAGAGACUUGUCAACCCAAUUGUCAGCCUUGGCCCACAAGGUUCCCUGUUGGUCUAAUGGUUAAGACUUUGGGUUCUUGAGCGAAAGCUGCCCGAUACGGAGCCCACCUUUUACAUAUAGUAAAAUGUACCCACUACACUGUCAGUAGCUUUGGAUAAAAGCUCCCGUUAAGUGUAAUAUAUUAUUAUCCUGUAGGUCCAGAGGAGGCUGACCCAGAUGGUGCCGACGGGACAGACCACAGAACAGAACAACAAUACCCAAAUACCCCAGCAGAGGAUGAAACAGUGUUCCUGGGAGACCCCCGAGUCACCCCACCGCCAGCCCCCGGUAACGUUAGACAACAACGGCUCCGGUUCACCUCGCUCAGCCAGCCCACGUAACGGCCAUGUUACCGGGCGCUUCGACCUGGCCCGCAGCCCGCCGUUAACCAUUAAGAAAAACCCGGCGGUCUCCAAGGGCAGCGGCGUGGUCACCAACGGCUCGUUUAGUUGUUCCCCCUCUGGAGAAGCAGCCAACCAGGAGAAGAGCCAGACUCUGCCCGGUAACACAGGUUACGUCCUGAAUGUGACUGAGUCUGUUCUACCUCCUCUGUUACCAGUACCACUAUCUGCUCUGUUCUGUCAGAUUUUAAUUGCACUAGGGUUUGAUUUUAAUUGCACUAGGGUUUGAUUUUAAUUGCACUAGGGUUUGAUUUUAAUUGCACUAGGUUUUAAUUUUAGUUGUACUUUGAUUUGACUGUACUUCUAAUGUAAGGUGUCCUUGAGUAUAGGAUAGGAUGUAUUUUAUUGUCCCCAAGGGGAAAUGUGUCUUGGACAAUGACAGAGUCCUGAAAGACGCAUAAAAUGUAUUGUUGUUAUUUUUAUUAAUAGGAGGCAUCAGCGGCCUCCAGGCCAGGCGCACCCUGAAGGGCUCGGGCACCAAGAUGGGCACCAGCGGGGUCCCUAACGGAGGUGUCCGCAUGGGUGUGUCAAGUACUGACGUGGUGAACGGUACCCUGAACGGGCGUAAUGGGCUGUGGGUGCCCAAUGGCUACCCGGUCACCUUACGAGACAGCAAGUCUCGGGACUGUGGAGAGCAGACGGCGUCCCAGAACCGGCUGUCCACCUAUGACAACGUCCAGCAACAACAACAACAACAACAACAACAACAACAACAACAACAACAACAACAACAACAACAACAACAGCCGUGUCUCAUCUCUAGCUGUGAGGACAAGCAGAGCGUGGACAGUGCUACUUGGUCCACCUCCUCCUGUGAGAUCUCUCUUCCGGACAACUCCACGUCCUGCCGUUCCUCCACCACCACCUGCCCAGAACAGGACUUCUACGGCGGGCUGGGCCUCUACGAGGACCCCUUGCUGCUGCCGGAUGGACCUAGGGGGCUGUCCUCCCUCGACGAGCAGCCCCAGCCGGGCGGGGACGUGGAGGGGGAGCGGAGGAACGGUGGUGGAGGGAGGGGUAGUGGAGCCACCAGCAGCAGUGACAACAGUGAGAUGUUCCUCGUCAGUAACGGAGCCAGUAGUCACAGCGCUCUACACAGCCUGGUGGUCAGUCUGAAACAGGAGAUGCAGAAGCAGAAGACAGAGUACGAGGCCAGGAUAACUAGGUAGCACCACUACCUCCUACUGUGUCGCUAUAAUAAAAUAUAGACAUUUCUUUCAUUUGAAGACAGUUCUUAACAAGCUCUUUCUGUGGAAUGGGAGUUGCCAGAUCUUUCUUUAAUUGUCUAAAAAAAAAAAUCCUUAUUUUUCUUACCUCCUCUCUUUCACUGAUCUGAAAGAACGGACUAGUCUUUUCCAAUCAGUGAGAUGAAGAGAAGACCAUUUUAGAGAAUUGAGAAAGAGCUUAACGACUUCCUCCAGCUAUUUGGGAACUUUUCCAGUUGAAAAGUGAUAUCCCAGUAUAAAGAAAGUAAACACACCAACAAAAUUGAGCAAAAUUGUGUUUGUUUUUUAGACACAACCGCAAAACUUUAAUGAGUAGGGCAUUCAAGGAGUUGGUCUGAUGGAAUCCGUGAUGUCAUCAGCCUCCCCCUUGCUUGAGGAAGCAAUAUUUGUAACUUUUGUAUAUUUUAGUUUUUUCGUUAUAGUUUUGUGGUUUCUUUUUGAAUUAAAAUACAGGCUUAAAUUUCAUAAUCAUAAUUCUUAUAGUAAUCCCCCCCACCCCCCCCCCACACUUGUGUUAUGUCAUGAUUUACCUGGACCACCUAUUGAGAUGUGCCUUUUGUUAAGUAAAUCAGGUGUUAAAUGAGGUGAAAAGGAGACUGGACUGCCACUUUAAGUAACUUCUUCCUCCCUCUAAACUCACUGCUCUCGUCACUGCAGCCUGGAGCACCGCAACCUGGAGUUGGAGACUGAGAUGGGGACUCUUCACGAGGAGCUGAACCAGGAGAGGAAGAAGGUCACCAUGGUGGAGAUCAAGUUGCGUAACGCAGAGCGGGCCAAGGAUGACGCAGAGAAGAGGAACGAGAUGCUGCAGAAAGAGAUGGAACAGUUCUUCUCCACCUUCGGAGAUCUGACCGCCGAUCCGCGCAGGCCCGACCGGGCCAAUACCAUCUGGAUCCAGUGA